UUUUGCACAGUAUUGGGAGAUUUGUUCCUCAUUUAUAACAAGGAACUGCUCGGCAAAGCAGGCAGUACAGGCAGUAGAGAAGCAGGCAGGCCUGUCACAGCAUGUGCUUUCUGGAGGCAUUACGUGUGUUUCCGCACGUCAUCGAUGGGUGCAGCCCAAAGAAGUUUCCAAUCUGGGCGGAUUGCCUGACACAUCAGAAGACUUUCGGCAGAUCCUCAGCAGGACACGGGCAGCAGGAGCAGGAUUUUUCUGGGGGAUUAAGGCUGCCCUGACCCUGCAGCAGCGGGAGCGGUUCAGUCAUGGUUUUGAUGCACCAAGCUUCUCCCUCAAAGCAGCCAGGCAGGAGGGAAAAGAAACUGAAUGUCGAAGAGAAGAAACUUACCUGCAGCUCCGCCGUGGUAAUGCUGAAAACUGCUCCCAAUGAGAAGCCCCCUGCAAAAAUGGAUUGGAAGUGCCCCUUGAGUAAAGUACCAGGUGCCAAGGUCUAUAAGAAGUAUGACUGCACCCUGAACCAGACCAAUAUCAGUGCCAACAAAAACAACAACAAGUUCUACGUUCUGCAGCUCAUUAAGUAUCGUCGUUCCUACAGUGUCUGGCACCAUUCUGGCCGUGUGGGAUCUGACGGCCGGUCCAAGCUCAUAAAGUGGUCCUCCCUGGAAGCUGCCAAGAAGGACUUUAAGGACACGUUUUGGGAAUUGACCAAAAAUAACUGGGAAACAAGGAAGAACUUCAUUGCCCAGCCGGGGAAGUACACGCUCAUUAAGGUGGAGCGGGGUGUUUUCCUUACCCGGGCGAAAGAUGGAGAUUGCCCUGAGGCACUGAAGAACAUGCCUCUGGGGAAGCUGAGCAAGCAGCAGCUCGUGAAUGGCUUUUACAUCUUGGGAGAGCUGGUGGCAGCACUGAAGGAGCAGCCCCCCCAGGCCACUCGCCUGGAGAAACUCUCCUCACGCUUCUACAGCACCAUCCCACACAACUUUGGACGGGCACGACCACCCAUCAUCAACUCCCCAUACCGACUCCAUGCCAAGAAGGUCAUGCUGUUGGAGCUGGCCAACAUUGAGCUGGAGCAGAGCCUGCAGGCACAGAAAAUGAAGGAGGAAGAGGAGGAAGAGGAGGAAGAGGAGGAAGAGGAGGAAGAGGAGGAAGAGGAGGAAGAGGAGGAAGAGAAAGAAGUCGCCCAUUCGCUGGAUAGGGUUCAUGACCCACUCUCCUGCCAGCUCUCCCAGCUGAACCUGGCUUUUUUGACACUCCCUUGGCAGCUGAUCCAAACCUACGUGACGCUCAAACUCCUCAUCCUCAACAUCUGGCCAGUGGCCCGGGAUGGUGAGGAUGAGCGUUUCAAGGCCCAUGACCUGCUGGAGCACCGGCGCCUGCUUUGGCAUGGCACCAACGUGGCGGUGGUGGCGGCCAUCCUCAAGAGCGGGCUGCGCAUCAUGCCCCACUCAGGCGGGCGUGUGGGCAAGGGCAUCUACUUUGCCUCUGAGAACAGCAAAUCAGCCUGCUAUGUGGGCUGUACAUCUAAGAAGGUUGGCAUCAUGUUCCUGACGGAGGUGGCCCUGGGCAAACCCUACCGCAUCACCCGCGAUGACCCCACGCUGUGUCAGCCUCCUGCUGGCUAUGACAGCGUGCUGGCCUGUGGCCAGACAGAGCCGGAUCCUGCACAGGAUGAGGAGGUGCUGCUGGAUGGCAAGAAAGUGCUGGUGUGCCAGGGCAAGCCCAUCCCCAUGCCUACCUACAAGGACUCCUCCUUCAGCCAGAGUGAGUACCUCAUCUACCAGGAGAGCCAGUGCCGGAUCCGCUACCUUGUCCAACUCUGCUUCUGAGGGUGCCUGGGAGCACCACGGCCCUGGCCCAGCACCUGGAGGUGACACCAUCAGCCCAGAGCCACUUCAGCCCAGAGCACAGUGAUCAGGACUCUCCAGCCACCACACCUGGGGCUUAGCCAGGAACAGGCUGGC